GAUUUGGGAAAAGGCCGCCAAAUGCCCAUUCAUUACGGCAGCCGUGACUUGAAUUGCGUGACCAUUAAGUCGACGCUGACGUCGGAAAUGGUGCACAGCGUUGGGUCGGCGUAUGCGCUGAAACGGCAACAGAAGGGCCGUUGCGUUCUCUCCUAUUUCGGCGACGGCGCCGCCUCUGAGGGCGACGCUCACGCGGCCCUCAACUUCGCCGCCACUCUCGACACGCCUAUCAUUUUCUACUGCCGUAACAAUGGUUACGCCAUAUCGACGCCAACCACUGAGCAAUACCGGGGCGACGGUAUCGCGGCGAGAGGACCGGCGCUGGGAAUACCCACCAUUCGCAUUGACGGCAACGACAUUGUGGCCAACUUUGUGGCCGUGGCUGAGGGCCGACGGAUCAGUAUCGAAGAGAACCGUCCGGUUCUAAUAGAGGCCAUGACUUAUCGGGUGUCCCAUCACUCGACGUCCGACGACUCCAGUGUUUACCGCAGUGUCGAUGAAGUGAAGAAAUGGCAGAAAAACAAUCAUCCGAUCAAUCGAUUGCGUAAACUCUUGGAGAAGAGGGACUGGUUUUCGGAGACCGAAGAGGAUCAGUACAAACAGGAGGUCCGCAAAGAGGUGUUGGCGGCUGUGGUUCGGGCGGAGAAAGUGCUUAAACCCAGCCUUAAGACUAUGUUCACCGACGUGUACGAGGAAUUGCCCGACCAUUUGGCCGAACAGUACCGCGAUUUGGCCGCACACGUG